AUGACUACUACAGUAAGCCGUAAGAAGCGCCAUUUCCAGUUUUUCAAUUACCUUACAGAUCAUCCCCUGUUCCUCGAAACAAUUGCAAGUUGUUGGGAUGCGACGGAGGAGAUAUAUCACUCACGCUCUGCAAUUUACAGAUUUCAUAAGAAACUAAAGCUACUAAAGCCUCUUCUACGAACUCUGAAUCGGGAUAGAUAUGGAGACAUAACGAGGAGAACAAAAACUGCGCUUGAUGUUCUCUGCGAGAGGCAGAGACAAGCUCUUGAAAAUCCGUGUGCAGAAACUUUUGAAAGAGAGGCAGAGGCGGCGAGACAAUGGCAUCAUUACGCUGACGUUGAGGAGAGCUUCUUUAGACAAAAAUCACGGGAGAUCAUAAUACCUCAUUCUUUCAUCGAACAGUUCAGGCGAGAAGAUCUCACAAUGCUAUCCGAAAAUUGA